AUGUCAUUCACCUUUUCUUCUUUUGAUAUGCAUACAGAUCAGAAAUGUAGAGAUAAUUCAGCCAAGAAACAGCAAAAAUUAAGCAAUAAACAGGUAAAAAAAUCCAUAAAGAGUAUUUAUAGUGUGAAGCAUCCGCAAUUAAGAAAUAGCAAGAAGUCUUCCUCUGACUUUUCCUCUUCUAGUGGAAGUGAUGAAGUUGACGAAGAAAUCAAGUUUAACCUAUUAAGUAUUUCAAUAAAAUUAGAGUGUAAACCAAUUUGCAAGGUUUCAUCAUCUCUUCAUGAUGCAACCCACAAAAAUUUAAUUAAUGGAAAUGUUUUUAUGAAUGGUGGAAGUUUGAACUUAAAUGAUUUAUCUAGUUGUGUUCCAGAAGUUGCUCCACUAAAACUCUCAGAAGAAGAAUAUGCUUAUUAUGCGAUCAAGAUAAAUUAUAGUUUCAUCGUAAAUCAAUUACCAUUAGAACUAUAA